AUCAAGAAUAAGAGAAGAAAAAGACGGCAGUGUUUAUGUUGGCCCAACUCGAUGUUUGACCCAGUUUGUUUUGAUCCUUUUCCGGGGCGUCACCGGUCGGACAAUCACCAUAAUGUUCUAGACAAUACUACACUUGACUAACGUUAGAAAUCUGAUCCCCCGGCUUCGAGUCCGACGUAAGUCAUGAAGAAAUACAGGGAGCGAUGGAGAGCAGAUUCUGUGUUUUGAGGGACACCGAAGACUUCCGCGCGCUAAUUUCACACACCGAGAACAAUCUCCACUUCGAAAGGUCAAAGACGCUGUUCGAAGAGAUCCGUGCCUCCAUCAACAACAACGAGGAAGAGGACCGCUCCUUCUGGAGGCCCGUGCUGCCUUGGGGGGGCGUGUUCACCAUCAGGGCGGGACGGAAGGCCGUCUCGUGCACCCCGCUGUACGUCAAGAUCAACCUAAAAAACACGUGCACCAUCGACGGCUUCCUGGUGAUCCUGUACGUGAUCCUGCGGGACAACCGGGGCUUCCCCGGGGAGCUGGCCGUCUUCCUGGGGAAGCACUUCGUGGAGUACUUCCUCCGCCUGAUGGACUCCUGCGACUACACCACCGUGAAGAUGCUGUGGAUCUGGGACCGGAUGUCCAGGAGACAGUACCGCUCCGAGAUACGCAAGGCGGCGCUGGAGAUCGACCUGUUCGGCAACGAGCACGAUAAUUUCACGGAGAACCUGGAGAACCUCAUGUCCACCAUGCAGGAGAGCCUGUGCACCAGCUGCAGCUGCCCGGCCCGCUUCCGGGAGUUCAUCAGCACCACCAUCGACAUCAGCCCGCCUCACGAGCUGCCUCUCAGAGACCCCGUCCAGUCGGCCGCGGACGAGUUCUCCUGCCCCAAACUCCUCCUCUGCUCAGAGCUGGGGUGUGAUGGUCUCAGGGAGAUCUCUCAGAGGGCUUUCUGCCACGGACCCCCGCCCUUUGUCAUCCUCAACAUGCAGCAGUGGAAGUCAGAGGAGCUGUCCUAUGUCCCCUACCAUCUGGCUCUCUGCCAGCACAGGUACUUACUAGAGGGCGCCACACUCUUCAACAAGGAGGAGCACCACUACUCGGCGGCCUUCCAGAUAGACGGCUGCUGGAUGCACUACGACGGCCUGAGGAGCGACAACCUGAUUCUGUUGCACAAGCCGCCGGAGCUCCUGCUGCUGUCCUCGCUGGUCUACAUCCGCGCCUCCGACAAGUGAAACUCGUCCCCUCAGCGGAGCCAUUCGCUCAUCCACCCUUCCUUCCUACCAACGUGUUGUCGUGACCCCCCAUCGAUUGCAUCUCCAUGUUGCUCUACAUAUCGCGUAUUCAUUUUUGUCAUCUGCUGCGAGUGACGAAUGCUCCACUUUGCCUGAAUGCUUGCAGAGGGCUUACUGCACAAAACAGAUUUUUUUGGGGAGCAUACUUGGAAUCCAAGAAUGUAAUGGGCUAUAAUAGUUCUGUACUAAAUGAGCGGCGCAGCGAGAAAUGCACAUCACGCAGUGAGCCGACACACAAGAGAUUCUGACUGUAAUUCAAACAUCGUGGCUGUUGGAUGGAUUACACUCAUUAUUCCUUUAAUUAAACUGGUGCUAUCUCUAGACUGGCUGGAAACAACAGACGUCCACGUCGGGUUAACUUGAUUUUUUUUCUAAGACGUUUGAAUUGUAGGAAAGAUUCAAAUGAAUCAAGAUGAAAGUAUGUUGUUUAAAGGAGGGAUGUCAUGAAAAAAAAUCUUUUUCAGUGAGUGCACAAGUUUGUCCAAAUUGCAAAACUUAAUUCAUAAAGCUUCCGAUUUCUUUAAUAUAAAGUUCGAGGGCUGUCUGGAAUAUCUUGUUUUCAUUUUGAUUGCCUAAAUAAGACUGCACACAAUUGUUUUUAACCUCGGCUUGGUACCACAGUGCCUCUGCGAAGGAUCAUUUGAGAAAGCAGAUCCUCUCCAGUGUAAAUCUGGUUUUUACAAUGCACAGUACAAAUAAAUAUUUUGAAAUAUA